UUUCAUCUGCCGCCGCGGCCCAAUGGGAAGGCGGAGGCUGUCUGCAAGUGGUCUAAUCGCAAUGAGGUGUCAAUCAUGUUCCCUGGUGGGUGAAGUAAGGUCUUUUGUAACCGCCUCUGUCUUUGGGAAAGAGAGGAGGAAGACUGGAGCGGAGAGGGGGACGCCGGCCCGUGCUGCGGGAGAGGAACUGAGAUUUGAUCUCGUUUGUGCGCUAGCAGGGAGAAGAGGAGCACAUGGAUUUCUACACACGCUGGGAUUUUAUAUAUCUACACAAAUAACAACGAACGAACCUGACCCUACUGAAAGCAGUCAAAUGAAUCGUAAUUGCAGAUCAAUGCAGAGAGAUGGGGAAACUUCACUCGAAACAUGCUGCCGUUUGUAAACCCAGAGAAAGUCCAGAAGGUGAUAGUUUUGCGGUGAACGCCUCUCUGGCUCGCAAAGGGCUGGAGGACUGGAUGGUGAAGCAGAAAUACUUCGGGGGCAGCAGCAGCAGCUCGGGACUCCAUCAAGGCUGCCAGCACCGGGCUGUUUGCAGGCUCUCCAGCGCCAGGGAUUUAUCUGGGGAAGGCUACAGAGACACUAUUGGCAAUGAACACUUUCAUCUAGAAGUGGCUUUGCCUCCGGAGAAGACAGAUGGAGUUUGCAGUGGAGAUGAAAAGAAAGCAGAAAAAGAAAGUGACACACGCACAGGUUCCAAGAAGCAACUGAAAUUUGAAGAAUUGCAAUGUGAUGUGUCAGUAGAGGAAGAUAACAGGCAAGAAUGGACCUUCACACUGUAUGACUUUGAUAACAACGGAAGAGUCACACGCGAGGAUAUUACCAGCUUGCUUCAUACCAUCUAUGAGGUAGUUGAUGCAUCCGUAAACCAUUCUCCUAGUUCCAGCAAAACUCUGCGAGUGAAACUUACUGUGGCACCAGAUGGCAGCCAGAAGAAAAAGGGUAUCUUGUUAAAUCAUUCUGAUUUGCAGAGUGCGAGGCAUACAGCUGAAAGCAAAGCUAAUGAAGAAGUAAGAAGCUCUGAGAAAAAACAGCGGGCUUCUCUCAGAUAUCACCAGAGCGAGAACAAUCCAGAGCAAAGUGGGUGCUAUCGUCAUUGUGUUGAUGAGAACAUUGAAAGGAGAAACCACUAUUUGGAUCUUGCAGGAAUAGAAAACUACACAUCAAAGUUUGGCCCAGGAUCUCCUCCAGCAGCUCAAAAACAUGACCCACCAAGCAGAGUUAUGAAUCAGACUAGAUCCCGUUCUCAUGAACCUGAAACCUUCCAUGCUCACCAUAGGAAAUCUCAAGUGGUAGAUGCGAGCCACAUAAAUAUAGCUGAGAGUUCAUAUGCCAAGAUUGCAGAAAUCCAGCAGAGGCUCCGGAACCAGGACUCAAACAAGUACUUUGUGAGGUCUCCCAAGGCCCAGGGCAAAAAUGUUGCCCCUGUGCAUCCUGGAAGGGCAGUAAGAAAUAAACUUUUUCAAGGGGUGCCCAUGCCAAUGGCUUCCCCAAGUGCACGUGUGGGCCAGAAUCUUCCUUACCUCCCCUUGCAAUCUCAACAGGUUCACAAGAAGCAUAAGCAGAGGGCAAAGGAGAAUCACCAAAUGUGCAAAACCUUACAGUCUCCAGGGACAGUUGUGGAAAAGGAACAUGUGAGAGACCUGCCCACAGUCAUUUUAUAUGAAGGCCAAGUUGGACAAAUGAUACAAAGACAUGAACACCACCACCACCAUGAGCACCACCACCACUACCAUCACUUCUACCAGACAUAGAAGAAAUCCCACCGUCCUCCAAGAAUCAUCCCAUAUGAAGGAAAUGUGUUCUUGUGAUACCAGAACUAAGGCAUUACUAUGAUUAAUAGCGUUACUCCAUUAAUAUUCAGCUAGCAUAUAUUUUAGAGUUUAUAUGGAACUCCUGAAACUUACCCUAUUUAUACAUUGUGGAACUGCAUAGCUUGCUUAAACUCCUUGUGGAUUGUUUUUUUAAAGUGGCUUGUAAAACAGCAAACGGCCAUAGCUUUUUGAGCUGUGAUUUAAUACAGGUCGUCAACGCACUUCUUUACAAGUACUACUUCCACUGUAGUAGGAAAGAUACUUUGAAUGCUGUUGUAGACAUCUAGCUUACCACUCUGCUGUAUGUCGGCUGGUUGCACACAAGCCUUUUAUCAGGGGAGCAAUGUUCGAAGGGUUGGACUCCAGAGAUACUCAGAAUAACAGAAAAUACAAACAGCUGCUACCUCUAGUAUUAUUCAGAUUUUAUUUUCCUUUUAUUGAUUGUAAUGCGCUGGGGGGGGGGGGGGAGUUCUAAUAUACUGCAUUCAUGUAGCCUGUUUGUGUUCACAUCCUUUCAAAUUAUCUUAAUAAUCACAAGGAAAUAUUAGCUGUAUUUGUCAACAGAGCUACAUUGAUAUGACUUAUACUUUAUUUUCUUGGAGAUUCUUCACUGACACAAGUACAGUCUGUUAUAUACUGAGUAAUAUUUAAAUAUACUACUUUUAUUUUUGUUUUUUCACCAUUCUGUUUGGGGUAACCAUUUGAAAAGAGGAGGAUGUGAAAUGGGGUUUUCAAAAGCAUCACUAGACUUUAAUGCUUGGGCCAUAAGAUCAUUCAUGGGGUUUUGAGAAGGAGAGGGGUUGUUUGGGGGUUUUGUUUAAAUCCACAGUUCUUUGUUUUGGGAAAGAAUUGAGGAAAAUAUACUUUCUCACUUUAAAUGUUGGCAAAUAUAUAUAAAAUAUAAAUAUAAAUAUAAAUAUCUAUAAAUAUGCACACUCUCAGGUACAUUUUGUUGUGUUUUAGAAAUCUGUGGUUUGAAUAUUAACAUAAUUUUUUUUCUCCACAAUAGUGACUUUUUAGAAAUAUAUGCCAUGGCAUUUUUAUAGGUGCCUCCAAUUUAAAUUUCCCCAGCACCUGCCAAUUUGUGCUUCUCCCAUUCUAGAGACAAUUCAACACAUAAAAAAAAUAUAAUUCACAAUCAUUCUGGCCUCUUCUACUUUUUCUGUAUCAAAGGGCUUCCAUUCCAUGAAGGAGAUUAAGACCAUGCUCACAAGACCUUACUGGCUGCUGAGAAAUUUGAAGGUCAAAAGCAGAUUGGAAAAGUGAAAAAAGGGUCAGUACAUUCAAGUUUUACUUUCUGUGGGGCCUAGAUUUAUGAUACCUUCAGUUCGGUUUUGUAUAGAUCACCAUUUUGGAGGUAGAAAGUGACUGAAGAACACCUGUGUUGCUAUUGGAACAUUAAAGUGGAGAACUCCUCACAUAAAAACAUAAUUGUUCUAUAAACAUAUUUGCUUUUGGUUUUAAUUAUUUUAAAUGUUGUAGUAUUUUGUCUAUAGUAUAUAUAGUAAAAUGUAACUAUCCCACAUUGUUAGAAACCCUUUAUGAUUAGGAUAUUUUUUUUCUGUCUAGAGUUUUGAUCAGUCCAAAAUGUGAUAUUACCUUACUGCUGACCAGUUUUAGAGAGAUGUUGUUCUUUCUAAGGAACUUUCUGAAGGAGAUAUCAACUUUUAAAGAAAAGUGGAAAACCUUGCCUUCUUUUGGAAUUGGAAUAGAAUCACUGCUUUGUGGUAAUUAGGUCCCUCUCUUGUCUCCCUGGAUCAGCAGUUGUUUAGACUUAUUGUCCUCUAAAAAAUCUGGUUUAUUUUAUUUUUUUUUAGCUGUCAACAGCAUGUUCUGUUAAAGCUGACAAAAUGUUUUUAAAAUGUGUUUGAUCUGUGUGACAGCUAUACUGUUCUGUUUAUUUUUAAAAUUCCUAAAGUCCAAAAAUAUUUAUAUGCAGAAUUUUCUGUAUAGAAAAUAUGAAAAGGCCACAAAUUUGGUUAGUUACCACUGAGUUGUUCUAGUCUAAGCCUUUUUUGCUGCUUGUGUCUCAUUCUUUUUCAAUGUAUAUAUAAUUAUGGACUGAAAGAAAACAACAAAAAAAACCCAAAAGGCAUUUAUAUGUCUAGUAGAAGGAAUAAAGUUAUUUAUAUUAUAGUGUUAACAAA